UCUUUAAAUACCCCAACUCAGCUGCCACAACAAAACAUUCCUCUUGUCAGCCAAUUUACGACAGUAGCGUAGAGGCCCCUUGCAGAUGCGGGCGAUAUACGUUUAUUUUUUAUUUUUAAUUUUUUUUAAAUACCCGGUUUUUAGGUUUACCUUCCUGAAAUAGAAAAAAAAAAACAGAACACGGUCAGAGGAGGAAAAAAAAAAAAAAAACACAAAAACAAAACAAAACAAAGAUGGCUGUGUAGCCAGAGAGACAAGUCCUAACAGAACCCUUUCUCUCAGGUUGUAGCCACCGACAGGUUCUGUGCGUGGUCCAGUGGACAGACAGACAGACAGACAGAGAGAGAGAGACAGACCGAGCGGGAGCCGGUACCGGAGCAUCGGGCAGGGACGCGGGGAGAGCAGCCGGACAGGGAGGCCCGCCGGCAGAGCACGUCGUUACCUGCUGCCGUUGCGAAUAACGGACAGCUGAGUGAGGCCGAGUUGUUUUUGUUCUGCCUGGGCUCUGGGGGGGUGGGGAGGGGGGCCAAAAAAAAAGGACUGCUAGCCUCGCUGUAAGUCGUCUAAAUCAGUAAGAAUUUGAUUUCCUCGGCAGCUAAUAUACCAUUUUUUGGCUCAUGUUGUCGUUAUCUCGUAAGAACUGGCUUGUUAGAAUCAACCUCGCUGCGUUAACGGCUGCUCGCCUCUGACGCGUUAGCUUAGCUCGCGUUAGCUCGACAGGUUGUAAGCUAACCCGAGCUAACUAACGUCCCUAAUCUUUAUUCGGGACUCAGCCACAGAGGAGACACCUUCCCCCCCACCCCCACUGGGGGCAACCAUCGCUAAAUGUCUUCCCUGGAAGAAAGAGACGUGGGCGUUGCGGUCGCCCCUGGCUCCUCCUCGGCCGGCCUGGGGGUCGGGGCCGUGGGGGCAGCAGCGGUGGAGGCUGUCGCCGGGGUCGCGGCCAUGCAGGAGGAUGUCGGGAUACGGCGAGAAGGGCCCGAGCCUGACCCGGACGAGCCGCCCAAAAAGAGGGUGAAAAUCCCCGAAGGAGAGUCGGGGAAGCUGGAGGAGAGACUGUACUCCGUGCUGUGCUGCACCGUGUGCCUAGACUUGCCCAAGGCGUCCGUGUAUCAGUGUACCAACGGACACCUGAUGUGCGCUGGCUGUUUCAUUCACCUCUUGGCUGACUCUCGUCUCAAGGAGGAACAGGCCACGUGUCCCAACUGCAGGUGUGAGAUAAGCAAGAACCUGUGCUGUAGGAACCUGGCGGUGGAGAAGGCUGUCAGCGAGCUGCCGACAGAAUGUACCUUUUGCCUAAAGCAGUUCCCCCGCUCCAGCCUAGAGAGACACCAGAAGGAGGAGUGCCAAGACAGGGUGACGCAGUGCAAGUACAAGAGGAUCGGCUGCCCCUGGCAAGGCCCGUUCCACGAGCUGCCGGCGCACGAGGGCGAGUGCUCCCACCCGACCAAGACGGGCACAGAGCUGAUGGGAAUCCUGGGAGAGAUGGACCAGAGCCACCGCAGAGACAUGCAGCUAUACAACAGCAUCUUUAGCCUGCUGUGCUACGAGAAGAUCGGCUUCACAGAGGUGCAGUUCAGACCGUACCGCACCGACGACUUCAUCACCCGCCUGUACUACGAGACUCCACGUUUCACCGUUCUCAACCAGACGUGGGUGCUGAAGGCCCGCGUGAACGACUCGGAGCGCAAUCCCAACCUCUCCUGCAAGCGCACGCUCUCCUUCCAGCUCAUCCUCAAGAGCAAGGUGAACUCGGCCCUGGAGUGCUCCUUCCUGCUCCUGAAGGGGCCGUACGACGACGUGCGCAUCAAGCCGGUCAUCUACCACCACUCCUUCAGCAACGACACCAACGAGACCGACUACGUCCCGCUGCCCAUCUCCGACUCGGUGGAGUGCAACAAACUGCUGGCCGCCAAAAACAUCAACCUGCGCCUCUUCAUCUUCCAAGUCCAAAAAUGAAGACCUCUCUAGGAGGAGGAGGAGGAGGAGGAGGCAGAACGACGGAAACGGGUGCAGGAGAAGAAGCAUGCUGAUUGAAGGCCAGCGUGGAAAGGGAGGACGUGAUGAUUAAAGAGACACACCACUGAGCCAUUGAUACCUCUUAACAUACACACACACACACACACACAUACACACACGCUAAUCACAAAAUACCUAACAACGCUGUUUUUACCAGACGGUUUGCCCCAGAAAGCUGUGAGUUGCUGUGAAGGUGAGACGAGUGGGGUGAAACCUGGCGAAGGACGGGCGUGGCGGCUGGCGUGGACCUGUCGAAGGUCGCGCACACACAGGCGUGUCGGAUGUGUCGUUGAAUGUUUGAGAACAAAAAAAAACAAAAUAAAAACAACCCAGAGAUGAAGUGACGGUCGGCAGCGUGCAGCCAGAGCUCGGCUGACACGCUGAAACAUCCCAAAGACGGGUGAUAAUGUGAAAACGGAGCGGCUGACUCUGCUCAGCUCUCAUUUGGAGGUGUGAAUGGGGAGAAGGGGGGGGAAGGAGGCAUAUGUGUGUUUUAUCUCCCCACGUCCCUCUGCACACCAGCUUUUCUUCUUUUUUUUUUUUCUCUCCUCCUCCUUGACACCUUCCCAAUCGUUUUUUUUUUUUUUUUUUUUUUUACAUCCGAUAAACGGCUGCAGCACUCCGCCGCCACCCCUUUCCCCUCCAUCCUUCAGGAGGAGAGACGGCCAGGCAGCGUUUUUAGUUCUUCUUCCUCCUGCAGUGGCUGUAUCUAACCUCCAACACUAACGGCCCCCUUUAGCUCCCCUAACCCCCCCAUGAAUAUUUAAGAUUUUCCUUUCCCCUCCGGUUGAAUGUGGAGUUUGUGAAAGAGCGUUUUGCGUGCGCCGACUGGUCCAAGCUGUGACGUUCAGGUUGCUUCCUGCUAUCUAAACAGGCCGCUUUUAUAUUUAUUUCAGCUGUUUUACAUGAAGGUUAUUUUCUUUUUAUUAUUUUAUUUUUUUUACUGUUUUUGAAUUUGUUUUUAACACGUGUGUGUGUGGGGAGGGAAUCGAAGCUAGUUUAAUCGCUCCUUUUUAAAUGACAGAUUUUAUCCAAAAUUAUGUUAAUCCUACUUUCUUCUUUUUUUUUUUUUUUUUUUUCCUAAAAUUUAAACUGGUUUUUACCACAAAGUAGUUGAAGCACAGAAGAGCUAUAGAAGACUUAUAUUAUGCUGAAUCAGUGUGUGUGUGUGUGUGGCUGGAUGGUUACAGGGCUGCUUGACCUGCCUACAGAGACAUAUUAGCGAAAACAGGAUGCUCCUCAUGUAGAUUCUGCAGAUAGAGCUCUCUCUCCUCCCCGACUUCUGCUUCAUGUAUUUCUGUGUUUUCUGAUGCUUCGUCUCUACGCCGGUGGACUCACUCAUCUCACUUUGGCUGUACAUGUGCCUUUUAUUAAAGAUGAUGGAACCUGCA